CCUUUGAAUUGACCAAGUACUCGACGUUCUGCAACUCCACGGCAACAAGAGUCACAAGACCAAAACCAAAAACCCUUUUUCCUUCACAGUGGUGCUGGUGGGCUCAACAGGACACACACUGAAUGGCCUCUCACCACCAUCACCACCACCACACCCCUCCUCCUCCCACCACCACUCACAACAGCUGCAGCUGCCACAACCCUUCUUCUUACACCUGUUGCAUACCCCCUCCACCCCACCACCCUUCUUACACCUGUUGCACACCCUCACCACCCCAACACCACCACCUUCUACAAGUCAUUGCAUCACUCCUCUCUCAACCCCAACCACACCCUAUUCCCAUUCCCAUUCCCUCCCAACAACACUACACCCACCAAAAUCUCAACCUUCCCACUCAAAACCAUCACCCUCAACGCCAACCUCAUUCCACCAUGUCCUCCCUCCUCCACCGCAUCGAAACCCUCGAAUCCUCUCUCAACCACUACACCCACCACUCCCUCCGCCACGCCGCUGCGCGCCUCAUCCAAACCCAUUUUCGCUCCCUCCUCGCUCGCAGAUCAAGAACCCUAUCCCAACUCAAACACCUUGCUUCCAUCAAAUCCACAUUCAACGCUCUCAAGUCCUCAUUUUCCAGCCAUACCCAUGUCGAUUUCGCAGCCAUUUCUCUUAAAGCCAUGAACUUGCUCCUCGAGCUCGAUUCCAUUCAGGGUUGUGAUCCAAUGAUUGUGGAUGGGAAAAGGUCGAUUAGCAGAGAUUUGGUUCAGUUUUUGGACUCAGUUGAAGAGGUUGCUUUGAAAAAACAUGUACUUUAUGUUAAAGCAGCAAAGCCUGUGAGGUCUGGUGGUAAGAAAGUCCAAAAGCACAGAAAUUCAGAUGAUGAUGAGAGGAGGAAGCUGUUGCAGAAUUUGAGAGGUAGGGUUGAGAAGCUUAGUAAAUUGUGUAAGGUUUCUGCUAAUGAUGAAGAAGAUUCUGAGUCUGAGGAGGGCAUUCAUGAUAAUGGGGUAACCAAUGUUUUGAUUGGUGGAAGGAAUGAGGUGCCCCAAAACAAAAAUGGGGUGUUCCUUCCUAGGCAAGGAGCUCAACCUGGAGUGAAGAAGAGUGUGAGGUUUGCUAAGAAUAGGAAUAUUUGUGAGGUUUAUAGUGGGGAUGUGGCAUGUUCAGAUGGUAGCUGUUCAUCUAGUGAUGAGCUAGGAGAUGUUUUGGAGAAUGUGAGUGGUGCAGUUGAAGAUGACAGUGUGGGUUCUUCUCAGGGUGCUGAGGAUGACGAGGAAGUGCUGGUGGUGGAGAGUGGAGGAUCGCCGCGUAGCAGUGAUGAUGGGGAGAGGAACACUAGAAGGGUUCUUGUUAAUGAUGGCAGAAAUGUGGUGAAAGAGCAGCUUCAAGCACACCGAGAGAAGCUUCUGUUCUCUGCUCCUUUGCCACUUAAAAUGGAAAACAGAAGUGGUUCAAGGAACAGUAAAGGGGUGAAAAUUUUGACGUGAAUGGCCAUGCCAUGACAUGAAUCAUGUAAGACUGAGUUUCUGUUAGAUUUGUAUUGUUUAAUUGUAAUCUAGGAGUAUUUUUUUUAUUGGACUUCAGAUUGGUAGAGCUCAUUCGUGUGUCUAAACUGGUCGUUGGUUCAGUAAUGGGCUUGUAAUCUUCAAACUACUGUUGUUUACUACUUUCGGGGUAUCAGCCCUUCCGCAACAUUUUUUGAAGCAAUUUUCAUUCACUUGUUUUCUCAA